AUUGAAGGCGCGUGAAUAGGGAGGUGUGACGUGGAGGGGAGCAGAGCGCAGGUGCUUAUCGGCGAGCUGUCACAGACACACUGUGUCAUAUUCCCGGGGACUACCUUUCAAAAGGCUACAGCCUGCACUGAUCAGCGCAUCAAGCAGCCUGGGACCACAGAUGCGCUCCAACUUCCAACAGCACUGAAGUAGAGGAUGUCCUUCCCACUGAGGCCGUGACGAGCAGAGAGAGACAACAGAGCGGAGGGCAGAGGGGUGACCUAGGGCCUGGCAACACGCAGUCUUCACUGCUGUGCAAAGAGACAAAGAUGGAUUCAGAAUGUGAGGAGAAUCGCGCUGGACUGUGCAACGGCAAUGCAAUUCCAGCUGACUGCAUUGCUGACACUCACAGCCCACCUCUCACAGCCGGGAGGAAGAGGAGUGGUGUCGAAGGGGCUCGCGGAGCGCCGGUUAACAAGAGGAAGUCUCUGCUGAUGAAACCCCGCCACUACAGCCCCAGUUGCAGCGAGCGGGAGCAGGAGGGAGUGCUGGCAAUGGCUCAGGACAGCACCGCGCCCAGGAACACUCACACUCCAGCAGAUGAAGAGCUCGACUGUAGCGAUUGUGUUGUCAGCAGCUUCCAUCCAGACAUCAGAGCCAUAACUCAUAGCUCGUUGUCAUGGACCGAGUGCACAAGUGAAGGCUCUCCCGAGUUGCCCACUCUGCUGUCAGAGGCGCACAAUGACAGUGAUGACAACCAGCUUGACCAAGACUCAGGCGGAAGAAGCCCAGACAGGCCUGUAGACUCCCGUGACCCGUCUCCUAUCAGGGGCCCCAAGGUUGGCGGAGAGGAUGCUAGGUGGAGCAGCCCACCACUCCUGCCCACACCCGAUGGCGUCCGUCAUAGCCCGAGCCCACCAGGUGAUGCCCAAAGACCCCUGGGUAUCCACCCACUGUCAGUGUACUUGGGCCAUGCUAGCGGCGGCCUCCUCGCUGAGGACAAUGGCUACGCGCGUGCGCUGAGUGAUGGCGAGGACGAUCUGCCCACUUUGCGGCUGGGAGAAAGGCUGGACGCGUGGGGUCUGGGGCUGGCAGCCAGACCCCUGGAGCUGGAGCGUGCCCGGCUCAACCUCAGCCUGCUGGAGCAGGCCGCCGUCCUGCAGGCCGAGCGGCGGCAGGCCCUCCAUGGCGCCUACAGGCAUGUGGACCGCUUCCUCCUCGAGCAAGUCGAGCGUGAGCGCAGACACCACCGGCUGCUGGAGCUGGACACCCGUGCUCCCAGCCACAGCAGCAAAGACUCCCCACGCACAGAUAAGAAAGACAUCAAGUGUCCCACCCCAGGGUGUGAUGGCACAGGUCAUGUGACCGGACUGUACCCUCACCACAGGAGUUUGUCUGGAUGUCCCCACAAAGUGCGAGUCCCUCCAGAGAUCUUAGCCAUGCAUGAAAACGUACUAAAGUGCCCAACACCAGGCUGCACAGGAAGAGGUCAUGUGAACAGUAACCGCAGCACACACAGAAGUCUCUCAGGCUGCCCAAUAGCUGCAGCAGAAAAAGUGUCAAAACCCCAAGAUGAUCCAUCCAAAUGCAGGCAGAAUUCAGACAGGAUGGCACGGCCGUUGGUUCAGAUGAAGAAGUUUGACUUUGGUCAGCUCUCAUACCGCUUCACCCAUCCCGUGACAGCCCUGCAGGUGGGCAUGGCCAAAGACGUGGACAAGUACAGCAAGGGCCACUUUGACUAUGCCAGUUUCGACGCUCAGGUGUUUGGGAAGCAGCAUGCCCAAGAUCAGGGCCAAGAAACCUUGAACCACCCUGACGCCUCCCCCCAGUUCCCGUGCUUCCUGGGUGCGGGUAGCCGCGUGGUCAUGCCUGGGGGCCAGAGUCCCGGCAGUGCCAUCAACCCCCGGAGCGCCCCACAGCCAUGUACGGCCGCCGCCGCCAUCCUCAACCUCUCCACACGUUACCGGGACAACAGCGAGGCCCUGCCUGUCACCACCCAGCCCCUGGCACAGUGCACAAAGGACUCUCUGAUCGAGGUGGAUGAGAACGGCACCCUGGACCUCAGCAUGAAGAAGAAGAAGGAGAAGACAAGCGAGUCCCCCAUCAUGCCUGCGCUGGGUGAAGCCGUCUUUACCCCUACUGAGCCCUCCCUGGCAAAGGCAGCCGGCCUCCACCUCUCUCCACCCUUCUGUCGUUCUAUCUACGACCACGAAGGCUGGGACACACCGCUUAACUUCAGCAAAGCACCGGUCCUGCAGGACAAAGAGAUGGACCAGCUGGACAGGAUGUCCCUCGAGGACAAAGUAUUUUCAGGGGAUGGAGGCAUGACCGGCAAGAACAAGCUACUCAUCAGAGAGACUAAGAAAGAACUGAUGAGCUGUCCAACGCCAGGUUGCGACGGGAGUGGCCACGUAACAGGGAAUUAUGCCUCGCACAGAAGUGUGUCAGGAUGUCCACUAGCUGACAAAACCCUCAAGUCACUGAUGGCUGCCAAUGCACAGGAACUAAAGUGCCCAACCCCUGGCUGUGAUGGCUCUGGUCAUGUGACAGGAAACUAUGCGUCUCAUAGGAGUUUGUCAGGAUGCCCUCGGGCACGGAAAGGCAGCCUGAAGCUCACUCCUAGCAAAGAGGAGAGGGAGGAGACUGACAUGAAGUGCCCUGUAGCUGGCUGUGACGGACAGGGCCACGUGUCAGGGAAGUACACAUCCCACCGUAGCGCAGGCAGCUGCCCCAUUGCCGCCAAGCGGCAGAAGGAGAGCGCGCUAAAUGGGAUAGCCUUCCCCUGGAAGAGCUGCAAGCAGGAGCUACCCCACUGCCCCCUGCCCGGCUGCAAUGGCCUCGGCCAUGCCAACAACGUUUUCGCCACACACAGGAGUUUGUCGGGCUGUCCGCUAAAUGCACAGAGCAUCAAGAGGAAGCUUGCAGGAGAGGAGAUGAUGACCAUCAAGCUCAAAGCCAGCAGUGGCAUUGAGAGCAGCGAGGAUGUACAACAUUUGGACCAUGAAAUAAAGGAGCUCAAUGAAUCCAAUCUGAAAAUAGAAGCAGACAUGAUGCAGCUUCAGACUCAGAUCUCGUCCAUGGAGUGUAACCUGAAGACCAUCGAGGAGGAGAACAAGUUGAUUGAGCAGCACAACGACAGCUUGCUGAAAGAGCUGGCACGCCUCACCCAGGCUCUCAUCAACAGCCUCACCGACAUCCAGCUGCCGCAAAUGGGUCCAAUAAACGAGCAGAAUUUCGAAGCCUACGUCAAGACUUUGACGGAUAUGUACAACAGUUCGGAGCAUGAGUACUCUCCUGAAUGCAAGGCCCUCCUGGACAGCAUCAGACAGGCCAUCAAAGGGAUCCACGUGGAAACCAUCUAUUCACCUUGAAGUACUGUACAUCUACACAAGCAAUAGCUCUGGACAGCUCGUCUCUAUCCCUUCCCACAGUCUGUAAACUUUUUUUUUUUCAUAACACAUUUAUUUUGGUGACAUUUUAACCCCUUUGCACUUAUCUAUGGUUUGCUUGACUUAACUUUGUAUUUGUUCUUCUAUGUAUUAAUUCACUAUUAUUACUAUUUAUUGUUUUAUUCAUCAAAAUAAAUUAAACAAUAAUAUAUUUUACUAUUUAUUUUCUAUUUAACAUCAAUGUUGGCUGUUUAUAACCUUUUGUUCUGCACUUCAGCUCUAUGUAUUGGAAAUUACUUAGGCUACAAGCACAUUUGCAUUUGCUGUCUUAUUUGGUAGGGGUUUUUUUGUUGUUGUUUUUUUUGUCGUUAAAAAAAGAGGAAACGAAAUGUUUACUUGCAUUUGUGAUACACCUUUACCGAUGAACGAUGUCAAAUGUAAUGAUAUUACUAUUGCACCACCUAGUGGCGACAAGCUCUUACUGCUCCACAAUGGUAGGCUCUUAAUGGUCUUUUUGAAUGUAUUGUGUGCAACAAAUGAGUUCCCAAAUUAAAACACUGACUCACAAAAACAGUAUUCCUAGCUACUGAGCUAAAAUCAGUUUUUGGUUAAACCCUCUCUUGAUUGUACGUUGCCGUUUUUCCUACCACAGCAUCACAUCAAGAAGAAAAAGAAUCCAGGCAUAAAAAAAUCGCUACAUGAAAUAACUGAUUUCUGUUUCAAUUUAUAUGAACUGCCUUUCGUGUGCACACCACAGCGUGUGCAUAUAUGUGCCUAUAUGUAAAUGAUUACAUGGAAUAUACUAUGUUUUGUGGUAGAACAGUAUUAUGUGAAUGGUGAUUCAUUUUAUUAUACAGUAUAUUUAUUUUCGGAAAGAAAGCUUCUAACUCGGUUUAGCUACUGUUUAUACGCCAUUUUAAGCAUCUAAUGAUAUUGCUGUAAUAUGGGGAUCAAGUGUUUCACUGUUGCCAUGCCUCCUUUUCCUCUAGGCUAAAUCAUACCGUUCAACCAUUUUUGAAAAAGCUUUAUUUUAUUUUUUAAAACUGCAUAAAUGACUGUAAGCAAUUGACAACUGACAACUUCCCAAAAGCCUUUUCGUUUUAUUCCGCUGGAUAGUAUUACUUGACUGAGGAGAAUUAGGUCAAACUGAAAUCUGAGCUACGAACAUUUUCCCACUAAAACAGCUGCACUAAGUAGUAGCGCAUCCUUCGUGGUUCAGUGUAGUUUUUCUGCAGCCUCCUCAAAUUUCAGUAUGGAGCAGGUUUGAUGACUAAUACAAAAAAUAAAUAAAUAAAUAAAAACAGCAGAGAAUGAUCUUACAAAAAUAAAUUUAGAUUUCAGUGUCAGCCCUUAUACUUUUCUAAUUAUAAUUACUUUAAUUAAUUUAUUUAGGAAAAACAAAGUGGCAUGGGUCAGAAAUACUACUGAACUUAGAUGACACUGACAUUACGAGUUUUUUCCGGAUUUGUAUGAGCAAACAGUCAUCCUGUAAAUCUAAUUGUUUUCUGCCAGCAAUGACUACAGAAAAAGUACAGCAAAUUUACAGGUCAAUGGGCUAGUAAAAGUGCUAUAUUUGACCAAAUGACCAUACUGAAUUGUACUCUUAAUCAAUUGAAUCAAAUCUUUUCAAAAGAAAUGUAAUUUAUAAUUAUGUUAAAUGAUUUGUAAUUCCUUAUAUUUAAUUUAUAAACCACAUUGUUUGCUCAGGAACUUUUGUGAGAACUAUUUAUUUUUUCUGUUUGUAUUUGAUGUUUUGUAAUGUGAAAUGAAUUUUUUGUGUAAUGAUAUUAGUAUGGAACACUGUACUGUAAAUUAUUUUGUUUCUUUUUGAUUAAA